AUGGUUAGCUCUAAGCGAGCCUAUAACUGGUUCGUUUCUUUGGUCGCGGCGGCCUGCAUGGUGUUGUACGGCUACGAUGCGUCCGUGUUCAACUCCGUCCAGGGCUCCAAGAAUUGGGUGGCUUGGUUCAAUACUCCCAACGCCUCAGUGAUCGGAUCCAUCAAUACCGCGUAUACCGUUGGUGCUAUCUUUGGAGGCUUCUUCUGCGGUGGUCCCAUCGCGGACUACCUCGGCCGCAAGGUCGGAAUGGGAACCGGUUGUGUCAUGGUUAUCAUUGCUACAUUCAUGCAGACCUUUGCCCCUCGCCACAACCUCGCUUGCUUCAUCGCUGGCCGUGUUCUCAUCGGUAUUGGCCAGGGUAUUGCCUUGACCGCCGGCCCCAUCUAUAUCGGCGAACUGGCACCUUCCGAGAUUCGUGGACAGAUCAUGACCUUUUGGCAGAUGUUCUACUCUGUCGGAUCUUUCAUUUGCUUCUGGAUCAACUAUGGCUGCACCAAGCACAAGGCCAGCCUGGGCGAGUGGGACUGGAAGUUGGUUGUCAUCUUCCAGCUCAUGGUUCCCAUCUUGAUUCUCGCUACUCUCCCCACCAUCCCCGGUAGCCCUCGUUGGUUCAUCAAGAACGGACACAUCGAGAAGGCCCGUGCCGCCCUCCGACGAGUUCGAGACACUGAAGAGGAGGUUGAGGAUGAGAUCCUGCAGAUUCGCGAAGCCAUUGAGUACGAGAAGGAGGCUAUCUCCGGCAACUACAGCGCCCUGUGGAAGGACAAGUCUCUCCGCAAGCGCAUGGUCCUGGCUUUGAUCCUCAAUGCUGGUCAGCAAAUUACCGGCCAGGGCUCGCUCAACUCCUACUCUACCAAGAUUUACUCCAAGAUUUUCACCAGCAGCAGCCAGAUUGCUCUUAUCAAUGCUCUCAACGCUACCUGUGGUAUUCUCUUCACCUUGAACGCCAUGUGGAUUGUCGAUCGCUUUGGACGAAAGGUUCUUUUGAUCGCUGGUGCUAUUGGCAUGGGAAUUUGCAUGAUUAUCGUUGCUGCAGUCGAAACCGAGACACCAACCGGGGCGAAAGGGGCUAAAUCCGAGCCUGUCGGUAUUGCGAUCGUGUUCUUACUAUUCUUGUUUAUCUUCUUCUACAAACCAUCUUGGGGUGCCACUGUGUGGAUUUGGACGUCCGAGAUUUUCUCUAUGAACGUCCGCGCCCAAGCCGUCGGUAUGGCUUCACAGACCCAGAAUGUCGCCAACACCAUCUUCCAGCAGUUUUUCCCCAUCUUCCUUGACCACGAUGGCUUCUUCGCCUUCUACUUCUUCGCGGGUAUCAACUUCCUGCUGGCAGUCUUUGUCUUCUUCUUCAUUCCCGAGACUAAGAAGGUUACCCUCGAGGAGAUUGAUACUCUGUUCGGUGGUGCCAACCACGUCGCGCAGGGUGAGGAGGUCCUUGCUCACCAGAAGGCUGCGGCUCUUCAGGCUACUCAUGAAGUGACUGAGAAGCCUGGAUCGGUUACUGUUGAGAAUGUUGAACGCAAGUAA